GUUGAUAUGGUGUUUUAUCCAAAAGUAAUCAAAUAACAAUGAAAAAGAUGUUUUUCUGCAAGAAGUUGAAAAAUCAGUUACGCCCUAGUUUAGUCGUAAAACAGUCGAUUUUUAGUAGCUAUAUAUUUGACUACAGUUAGAUAAUUUCUGUUUGUUAUCGAAAUAUACAUUUCGCCAGUUCUCGCAUAUAAUUAUCGACUUAACUCACUUUACUGAAUAACGGAAUUAAAUAAGUCAAAUACGAGAAUGGAAUUUGAAUACUUAUGUUUCAUACAAUAAUUAAUCAGAACAGACAGUCAGAGAAUCACAGUGAAGGAAGCACAGAGGUGAAAUAGAAGCAAAAUGAAAAGACGCACAUUGGAGAAGGUGAGUUAGCCAAUUCAAUUUAACCAAGUGUGAAUCAAUAUUUAUAGUUAGACAAAAAUAAGUUACAGACAUAUGAUGUGUAAGAUAAGCAAUAAAUGACAAGGUCAAAAUGUAACUCGAGAAGAAUGAUUGAAUUGGUUUAAUCAGAAGCUCGAAUAAAUUAUCAUGGUUCAACAUAAUACCAGUCACUAUAGAUUAAUUUCAAUGACUUUACUAAUGAUUAACUUUAUCAAUUGAUUUUAGAAAUAAGCAUUCAUUAAACUGGUAUAAAAAUUAAUGUGAUACAAUCAAUAAUAUGCGUAAAUAAUUGAAAAUUAAAUAGAAAAGUGCAAUUUAUCCAUAUACUACUAUACCAUAAAUGAUUACAUCAUAAGAUAAUAUUCAAUAGUUCAUAUUUAUUCAUUUAAUAUAUAUAUUAACACAUUAAUUGCCCAUUUUAAACUUUCCUCUGGAUCUACUACUGUUUAUUUUAUCAAUAUAUAUUUUAUACAUUAGAACAAAGAAUAAAUAAACGAAUUCCUACAUAAAGACACAUGAAAAUUCGAUUAUUAUCAAUUAUAACAAUCAUUAUACAAUGUAUUCCAUCCAUUUUAUCAGCUACUUCAAAUAAUCAAAAAGAAAGUUCAUCAUCUUAUUAUUAUGUAGUACGUUCACCAAAAAUUGAAAAACGAUCAUAUACAGAAGAUGAAGCAUUAAUACAUCUGAAAGAAAAAACAAAAGUUGAUACUGCUACUCAAACAUAUACAAAAACAACAAAUACAUCCACUUCACCUUUGUCUCCAGCAUCAUUAUCAAUAACACCAUUAUCAUUAUCAUCAUCAUCUUAUGGUAAUAAUGUGAAAAAGAAUAAUGGUGCAUACAAUGUUAAACCUAAUGUAACUAUGAGUGCAGAAAGUAUAUAUCAAGAUAAAAAUUCAUUGAAAUAUGUGAAAACUGUAAAAAAACGUCGAGAAAUUAGUGAAGUUAUUAAACAUAUACCAAAACCGACAUAUAAUCAACAAUCGAAUAAAUAUACUGAUCAGAAUAAGAAAACUAAUAGUUAUAAUGAUAAAAAGGAAACAAAGAAUCACAAUAAUGUUAAUAAGAAAUACACAUAUUCAGGUAGUAGUAGUAGUACUAAUCGUAAUGAUAACAAUCAUCACAAUGAUAAAAACCACAAUAAUGAUAAUAAUAAUUAUAACGGUAAUAAUAAUAACUACAACGGUAAUGACAAUAACAAUCACAAUGAUUACGAUAGUAAUAAUGAUAACGAUUAUUACAAUAAUGGCAAUAACUACAACGGGAAUGACAAUUACAAUAGCAAUGACAAUAGUUACAAUCGUAAUAACAACAAUUAUAAUGAUAAUGGCAAUGACAAUUAUAAUAACAAUGACAAUAAUUACAAUCGUAAUAAUAAUAAUGGCAAUAACUACAAUGGCAAUGACAAUUAUAAUAACAAUGACAAUAAUUACAAUCGUAAUAAUAACAAUUAUAAUAAUAAUGGCAAUGACAAUUACAAUAGCAAUGACAAUAGUUACAAUCGUAAUAAUAACAAUUAUAAUAAUAAUGGCAAUGACAAUUAUAAUAACAAUGACAAUAAUUACAAUCGUAAUAAUAAUAAUGGCAAUAACUACAAUGGCAAUGACAAUUAUAAUAACAAUGACAAUAAUUACAAUCGUAAUAAUAAUAAUGGCAAUAACUACAAUGGCAAUGACAAUUAUAAUAACAAUGACAAUAAUUACAAUCGUAAUAAUAACAAUUAUUACAAUAAUGGCAAUAACUACAAUGGCAAUGACAAUUAUAAUAACAAUGACAAUAAUUACAAUCGUAAUAAUAACAAUUAUAAUAAUAAUGGCAAUAACUACAAUGGCAAUGACAAUUAUAAUAACAAUGACAAUAAUUACAAUCGUAAUAAUAACAAUUAUAAUAAUAAUGGCAAUAACUACAACAGUAAUGGUAAUGAUGAUAAUAAUAACGACUACUAUUCACAUGAUUACAUCAAAAACACUGGCAGUUACAAUAAUGAUGCAAAAUACAAUGCUGAAAAUUACAAUCGUGAUUAUACACGCAAUGCUUAUAUAUCUGACAAUAAUGACCGUAGGAAUAAUCGAAACUCCAAUAGAAAUUACAUGAUUAAAAAUACUAAAUUUAACAAGUAUGCCAACAGAUAUAAUGGUAGGCAAAGAAAUAAUAGAAGAUAUAAUAAUAAUAAUAAUAAUAAUAAUAAUAAUAAUAAUAAUAAUAAUAACAAAGCCUAUAAUAACCAAAGACGUUAUAAUGAAAAUCGUAAUAUCGGGAAUAAUAACAAUUACAAUCGUAACGGUAAUCAAAACAAUCAGAAUGGCUAUCGUGCUUACAAGUACAACUACAAUGGUAAUAAUAAUAAUAAUAAUAAUAAUAAUAAUAAUAAUAACCGGAAUAAUUUCAAUGACAAAUCUAAUUACAAUUACAAUAAUGAUCGUAAUAACCACAAUAACAAACGAAUUAAUCACAAUGUCAAUUAUAAUAUCAAUAACAAUAACGCUUACAAUGGAUAUGAUAAUUACAAAACCAAUAAUCAUCCUAAACGUAAUAUACCCUAUCAAAAUAACAAUAAUUAUAAUAACGUUGAAAAUUAUGUGAAUAAUGAUAAUAGUAAUAAUAAUUAUCAUGAUAUGUACAAUACUAAAGAUUAUGAAACUAACCGAAAUCCUGUUAAUUACGGUAGUAGUUAUAUUAGAAGUAAAUUAGGUAAAUCAGAUUAUUCUACUCCUGCAGAAAAAAGUAAUGAACAAAAUUAUUCAUCAAUGCCAAAUACAGAGAAUGAACAAUCAAACAAUCAAGAAAGUAAUCAAUAUGGGAAAGAAAAUGAGAAAGAUCCAGAUUUUAAUCCAGAAGGACAAGAUGUUAAUCCAAUGGACAGUUUAAGUGCUUUUGGUGGUAUGUUCGGUUUAGGACAAAUGGGAAAUGGAGGGUUAGGUUUUUAAAUUUUAUGCUAACUAAAUGAUUAAUAAUUACUCAAAUUCAUGGAUAUAUUUGUAACAAAAAUAUGUUUUAUUUUUAAAAUAUCUUUGUUCAACCGAUAUCAUACAAAAAGUUAAUAAAGGCUUAUUUAUUAAACUAGAUUUUUCCAGUUAAAAUGAUUUAAUAUUUGUAAUUGAAUGUCAUCUUUGUAUGUUUAUCAUGUUUUUUUUUCUAAGAUCUGAAAUAGAAUUAUGAACCGAUUUGAUGA